CCUAUGUCUAGACAUACUGGGCGGCGAAUGUGUGCCAUUACCUCCCGCAGCUUCCGCUACUACAGCAUCGAGCACCUUCUUGAGUCCUUUCACAACGAUGAGCCAGGCAAGCGGACAGGCCAAUAUAGAUCUUGGGGCGCUGCUAUCGGCUUUAGGGGUAGUGCAAGCAUCGCCGUCUACAUCCAGUGGAUUCGUAGUUUCUUCGUCUACGAGGAUUCCCUCUAGCGAAGCAUCGGAGCCUUCAAUCACCAGUACAGCAACACACAGCCAAGUGUCCAGUAUUCCCAUCGUAGUACCUGUCCAGCCGAGCGAACGCCCCAUCAUAGACCUCGCCCAGUUAUUAUCUGUUCUUGGUGUAUCAAGCGGGCUCGUACUAUCCUCUUCGGCAACGGGCAUAUCUACCGGUACGGCACCCCUCUCGCCAGGGUCCUCAGCUUCAAUCCCUAUUCCAGAGCCCACAAACUUGGAUUUCACUACUCCCAGCUCGCUUCAGCCAUCGUCGACACUAAGGGCGGAUUCUCCGCUGAUAGAUAUCGGCUUGAGCUUAGAUUUACUCGAGGGCUUAUGUCCAGGACCCUCAUGCAGAACUUCUUUUGCUCUUCCUUCCAUAUCGGAUCUGCCGCUAUCCAGCGCCGGAACCACCAGUUCUGGUUCCCAGAAUUCCAUUCAACCAGCGUCCACAUCGAAUGGAAACCCGCCUCUCGUAGAUAUAAACCUAAGCCUCGGAUUACUUGAGUUUCCGUGUCCAGGACCAUCUUGCAGUUCUUCGACUGUUUCUCCUUCGUUAACGAUACCGCCAACGACGACCCCAGGAAGCAGUACUCUCCGCUCCGUCAGCGGCCCCAGCCCUGCUCCAAGCAUACAAGAGACCCGGCCUCUCGUAGACCUCAACCUUAGCUUGGGUUUGCUUGAGGGCUUGUGCCCAGGGCCCUCUUGCCGGUUGACUGCGAUUGGAACAAGUACAUCGGUCGUCUCGUCCAGCUUUCAAACUUCGACGCUCUCGUCACCGACUCGCCCUCUAAGCUCCAGCGGCCCUACCCCAUCGACCACCUCCACCCGGAAUCCGCCACUCCUCGAUGUGAACUUGAGCUCAGGAUUGCUGGAAGGCUUAUGUCCAGGGCCAUCCUGCCGUUCUAGCACAAUUGGCGCGACCGAGCCCAUUCAUUCGUCGAGCUCCUAUAUUCCUAGCCAAUCAGUGUCCGUUAGUAAUCCGGCCCUCACCACAUUGUUCUCUUCCGGCAACCCAAACCCUUCGUCGACGCCGAGCGUGAACCCGCCACUUAUAGAUAUCAGCCUGAGCUUGGGAUUGCUUGAAGGGUUGUGUCCGGGACCGUUUUGUCGCUCUUCGAAUACAGAUAAGGGGAGCACUUUCGUUUCCCGUCCAAUCGUGUCCCUGCCGGUAUCUUCAACGUCGAUCAUUAGCCUGAAUCCAGGUAUUGUUACCUCUGCAAGCCCGCCAACGACGCGCACCCAACCACUCAUAGACCUUAGCUUGUCACUCGGGCUCCUUGAAGGCUUGUGCCCAGGCCCGUCAUGCUACUCAUCAACCCCAAUUGGAGCGAGCACACCAACUUCGCUUUCGGGUUCCUACGCCUCUAUUACCAGUCUAACCACGACAGCCAUCGCCCCUUCUAUUGCAGUUAGCUCAUCAACGACUGCGAGGACGGAUCCCCCGCUAAUAGACGUUAACCUAUCGUUUGGAUUACUCGAAGGCUUGUGUCCAGGUCCGUCUUGUCGCAGUACAUCUCCAUCGGCUUCAUUGAGCGGGGGAACUACCGCAAUGCUCUCCCCGUCAGUGUCGUUAACAGCCACGACAAGCCAAGAAAUAUCUCCAGCAACAUCGCGCCAAGUUUCUACCCCACCACCACCCUUCAUCGACAUUAACUUGUCUCUGGGCCUCCUGGGGCAGCGGACCUCUUCUCCUAGCACCCUUGUCAGCCAAGUGUCUUCUCCGUCAGGCGGUAGCGUCUCGGGAGUAUCGACUUCUAGCACACUAGCAACGACUUCGUUUUCGCCCUCCGGAAUAUCCUCUUCCGAUAGCACGCCCGUUUCAACCCCGCCAGAGUCUUCGCAUACAGUAAUCACUCAGACUAGGACAACGAGCACAAAUCCGCCUCUCAUUGAUAUCAAUCUGUCUCUUGGCUUGCUCGAUGGUCUCUGCCCUGGGCCAUCUUGUGCAUCUUCGAGCACACUUAGAUCGAGUGGGCCACUUGCUUCGAGCGUAAUCUCAGCGAGCAGCGGAUGGGUGCCCAUCUCAGGAACUUCCUCUCUUCUAUCUCCGACCCCACCUAGUACGCAGCCUAGGCCUCUGAUCGACGUGAGCUUAUCGCUCGGGCUGCUAGAGGGCUUAUGCCCGGGGCCAUUCUGCCGUUCCUCAAGCCCAGGUAGCGUAAAUGGCUUGCCAGUUGCCACUUCCUCAGCCAUCCCGCAGCCCCCCUCGACGACAACCGUACCUCAAGCAACAGCAAUCGUCUCAACUAUCACAAGUACGAACCCGCCUCUUGUCGAUAUUAACCUUUCUCUUGGAUUGCUUGAGGGUCUUUGCCCGGGCCCUUCUUGUCGUUCUUCAAGUUCGAUCGGGACUACAAUAUUACCGGGCUCUCCUUCGUCGUUUACAUCAAGCACUUCGACGGCACGGGCUAAUCCGUCAAUCAGCUCUUUCCCCGUAAUAUCGUCACCUUCGGCUACCACCCUGCCUUUGAUCGACAUCAAUUUAUCGCUUGGAAUAUUGGAGAAUUUAUGUCCAGGAACCUCUUGUCGCUCUUCGAGCACUACAAGCCGAGCGAGUGGGUCACUAGCUUGGACCUCAUCUGAAUUACAGCUUUCGGCUACACGAUCGAGUGCCACAUUUGCCUCUUUCUCUUCCAUUUCUUCAUCUUCGACUAGGGGCCCGCUUAUCGACAUCAAUUUGUCGCUUGGAGUACUGGAAACCCUAUGUUCAGGACCGUUUUGUCGUUCUUCGAGCACAACGAAUGCACCAGCUUCUACGGCACCUACGACAUUGAGCCCAUCGAUAAUUAGCUCUUCUGGUCUCGGUUCCUCAUUAGCCCCCACGACUACGUCCGGGGGCAGCAUGCUCUCGAGCUUGAGCAUCACGACACGGCCUUCAGCCUCUGCUUCUCGAGCUGCUGUGCCUCCUCUCAUUGAUAUCAGCCUUUCUCUGGGGAUUUUGGAUGGUUUAUGUCCAGGGCCAUCUUGUCUCCCUUCAAGCACAUCCGCAGGUCCAAGUAGUUCCGACAGGAUUACGUCGACCUUGCUCGGUACCGCAUCUCAGACAUCCCAGUGGCCGCAGAGCUCUUCGACCACUCUAUCCCAGGAAACGUCAUCCUCCGCGAGGGCCACGUCGAGCCUGUUGACAAUCUUAUCUACCCGUCCAGUGACAUCUUCGCAACGGCUGCCUCCCUUCAUAGACGUCAAUCUUUCGCUUGGGAUACUUGACGGUUUAUGCCCAGGCCCAUCCUGUCAUUCCAGCACAUCAAGCCCUUGGACGACCUCUGUCAUCUCCGCAGCAACUUCACCGCCAGCACUGCCUCCACUUUUAGAUCUCAGCCUAUCGUUAGGGCUACUCGAGGGCUUAUGCCCAGGACCUUCUUGUCGCUCUUCGAGCACGGGAAGCCCAGUUGUAAUGCCUGGCGGUCCAUCGUCGAGCAAUAGUAUGGGCAUAUCUCUCUCUCCGAUGCCUGGAUCAACUCCCGCGCAAACGACUUCGGCUCGUGCUCCCAACAUCUUAGAUCUACUGGACUUCCUCAUACCUUCGACUUCAAGCACAUCGUCAAGUAUUGGCUCGUCUUCUGCGGCAGCACUAUCGCCAAAUUCUGCCUCUAUCGGUGCAAGUUCUACUAUCUUGACGAGCGAUGAUAGCGGCGCUGCUUCUCCGUUAACAACAGCUCGUUCAACCACGUCCCCGCUUCCCACUGCUCAAACCAGUACUCAAUCCUCGCUGCGCACAAACCCGUCCUCCAGUCAGAUCGCCUCUCCCGCAAACACUGCACUCGCAACCUCUAGCAGCGCGUCUUCGAGCACCAGUCCUGCAAUUAGCGGACUCUCGAUCUCGCGAACGUCAAGUCCCGUUGUUCAACCUUCCACGACCAACUCUCCAGCAAGGACUACGCAACCAGUAAGCAGUACGCCUACUCCAUCGCAGGCCCCGAGAACAUGCUGCGGUGUGACAGCAGGGCAAGAAUACACCUCCUCGUCUUCAACCUAUGAAGCACAAUGCGGCACGAACCAUCCACUCGGCGACAUGCAGCAACUUCUCCUCAUGAAUUUUGGGCAAUGCGUUCAGCGUUGUAUCGCCAACCCGCUUUGUGUCGCCAUCGUGUAUAAUCCGCUAUUGGGCAUGUGUUCGCUCAAGAGCACCAUUGGAGCCUCGCAAGUAGCGAGUGGUUACUGUGCGAUGUUGAAACGAAGCGUAGCGCCCUCCGGUCAGUCCACUACCGCAUUGUCUUCACAGCCAGGCACAGAGGGCAUGCCAUCUCCUCUAAGCACGCAAAGACAGUCAAUUAUUCCACAAACUUCGCAAUCCGCCGUUGUUGGAGGCGUGCCUUACUCCACCACAGGCUCAGCCUAUACGAGCGGUUCUACUUCAACGAACUUGAACGCACCCGUCCUUCCCUUGGCUUCGUCUCCGGCCUCGGAAUCCUCUAAUGGCCCCGCGCAAAAUUCUCCGACCACUGUGGGACCUUCAAGUGCCAGUACCGCGGAUACGAGAAGACCUGGAGCCAGCUCACCUUCAGCGACAUCAUCACUCUCAUUCCCGAGGCCAGUCCUUCGCGUCUCACCCAAUGGACUCUGUGGCAGCUUCUUUGGCUACACAUGUCUGAGUAGUAACUUUGGGCAGUGUUGCGGCAGGAGCGGUAUCUGUGGCGACGGUUCUGAAUCUUGCGGUGCCGGAUGCAUGUCCGAAUAUGGGCUCUGCGAAUCUGAAAGCUCAUCGCCUAUCCUAUCUACACCGCCACAGGCUUCCAUCUCAGAGCCGAAUCCGCCAGUCCAGUCCAGCGCGUCGUCACUGCCUUCAAGAACGCCAGUUUUCCCUAAUCCUCCCACUAAUCCCAUCCCGGAAACGUCACCGCACAAUCCAAACGCGCCAAGCGCAGCUCCAAGCAGCGAAAUCCCCGGAAUCCCUAUACCAAGACCUCCCUCUUCAGUCGAGAGCUCCUCAGCCACGUUGAUCGAGGUAUUAGAGACCCCGUCGAGACCAAACGUGCCUGGGACUCCGAACCCUCCCAAUCAGCCCGAGCAUACCUCACCCGUAAGCCAGCCCACCCCGCCGCCUCGCACGAACUCUGCUGCGCCGACGGAGGUAGCGCCACCGCUUAACGGACCUACUACUUCCGCACCGAGAGCGCCUGACAUUCCAACGCGUCCUGCUCCGCCCCCAGGCGAAAAUAACGGAAACCCAGAAACUCUCAGCAGCCAAAGCAGCACAUCCCAGCCUCCGAUCUCCACUCCCCCCACUCCCGCUGACGAGGGUAUUGCCCCUUCCAUUCCAUCGCCAGCUCCAAAGCCCGACCGACCAAGACCGAGACCGUAUUUGCCGUAUCCGUGGCCGGAUCCGAGCGAGGGCGGUGAUGGCGUCGAUAGCGAUGGUAGCGAUUACUGGGAUGGCAGCGGCGACGAAGACGGGAGUAAUGACGACGGAGAAGACUGCAGCUGCGCGUGGACCUCCUCGUCGGAGAAAGACGCCACCGACGAUGACGAGCCUGCACCGCCGACGCCCACGGUUCCUGAAUGCGACGUACGGGCCACUGUCACGUCGACUGUGUAUCCGCCUUGGUUCACAAGCGAUGGUUACUACUCUGCGAGCGACGACGACACAGCGGAGGAAAGUAUGUUGGAGUCUGAGCUCGGCGGGCCUCGUCGUAGACCACGGCACGGCUGGAUGCACGACUGGUGGCGCGGACUGAGCCACCUCUUCUGGGGGGAUGGCGGAGAG